AUGCCUCUUCAUCUCCUCGGUAAGAAGUCAUGGAACGUCUACAACGCCGAUAAUAUUGCCCGCGUCAGGCGCGACGAGGCGCAAGCAAAAGCCCGCGAGGAAGAAGAUGAACGUGUUAUGCAAGAGGCCGACGCCGAACGUAGGAUUAAAAUUCUUCGCGGCGAACGUCCGCCUACGCCUCCACCGGCGCCCUCCCUGUCGUCUGAACCCGGAGCUCGAUCAGACAGAAAAUCUGACCGAGACGCUGGAGGAUUCCGUAAAAGAAGGCGUAUUGCCGGCGAGGAUGAUACAGAUCGAGACAUACGAUACGCUAGGGAGGAUGCAGCACAGGCGGUUUCUAAGCGUGAAGAGUUGAUAAUCGCCUCUCGCAAGGCUGAUACAGCACAAGCACCGAUUUUGGACAAGGCCGGUCACAUCAACCUAUUCCCAGCCGCAAGUGCGAAAACACAGAAAAACCCCGAGGCGGAGGCCGAAGCGGCACGGAGGAAACGCAGCUAUGAGGACCAACACACAAUGAGGUUCUCCAAUGCUGCAGGCUUCAAGGAGACUAUUGGUCAGAAACCGUGGUAUUCCUCUGCGGAGAAAAACGCAACAGCGCCAGGGUCGAUGCCCGAGAAAGAUGUGUGGGGUAACGAGGAUCCAAGGCGCAAAGAGAGGACACAGGCUCGUAUGAGUGCGGAUGACCCACUUGCAGCCAUCAAGCGGGGUGUGCGUCAAUUGAAAACAACAGAGCAGGAACGGAAACGGUGGAAUGAUGAAAAGCGACGAGAGAUCGAAGCUUUGAAAGCCGAGGAGGCACGGCAAUCAAGCCAUCGGCGAAGGCGAUCCCCCUCAGUGAACAGCCUCGAUGGGUUCAAACUGGAUCAACCGGACAGAGAACGUGAGAAGGACCGACGAAGUUCUGACAGGCAUCAUCAUUGUCGCCGUCGAGAUCAAAGUAGAGAAGGCUCCCAUCAUCGUCCUCGUCACCACACCUCUCAUCACAGUCGUCGUCAUCAUCACGAUGAACGUUCUGGGACUGCCAGGCGGGAAAGACAUACUGAAGCAAAGAAUCAACAUUAA